AUGGCGGUUCGAGUAGCUACUAGUUUACUAUUACUACACUAUAUAGUCCCUGGAAUUCACGCUGAGCCAUCAACAGUCGUAGUCCGGCGAGAUGCACCUGUAGGAUGGCUUGUUGCUGAUCUUCAAUUUACUCAACUAGUUACAAAUGACGAGACCCUUAGGAUUCUACCAUCACCGCAUUUCCGCCUUUUCAAGACGAAUGAGCUUGGCCAGCUCAUUACGACGCGUCCCAUGCCGGUAAACAUCUCCCGAUUUCCAUUAUACAUCAUGGCCAAACAAGAUACAUAUCAGAGGGUGAUCUUGGUUCAUGUACAGAUUUCUGACAGCCCAAUUAAAUUCUUGAUGGAUCACUACCAAACGCUAAUCUCCGAGACAACCCAAAAUGGUUCGCUACUACUGUUCUCGCGACCGUUUACGCUCAAAGCGAUGCCGCCCGGGCAGACGGUUCGAUUUGCUCCCAUCUCGUCAAUAGAAGCCUUUCCAAUUACGAUCAUCAGCCGGGAAGACCCGAAAGGCCGCGGAUUCGCAUUGAUUCAACUGUCUGAUGUGUUGGAAAAUCGAGGAGGGGAAGUGAUGGAGUUCUUUCUUGGCGCAUUUAAUGAGACUUGGCAUGAAGUGGCCAAUUGUCGAGUGACGAUCCUAGUACAAGAGGCUGCUCCAGAACCGCCAAAAUUCGAUGUUUCUCAUUAUUUCACUUCACUUGAAGAACUACAGCCUCAGACAACCGUUAUGAGAGUCAAUGCCAGAACCAACAAAGGGAGCGUACAGUAUGGUCUGCAGGAAAAUAGUUCGUAUUUCAACGUUGAUACAUUUUCUGGGGAUAUUUAUACCAUAUCGAGGGUCCCAGUUGGAAAAUACGAUCUCCAAGUCGUUGCCAAAAACUCCAUAAAUCAGAACUCGACAGCUACAGUAACCGUCUUAAUUCAAGACAAAAAGGACAGCUACACUUUCACCAAAAGUCGUCGAAGAAGGGAACUUUCUGACCCUAUAGAAAUCAGGGUGAAAGAAAACACUAAGGAAGAAUUCUCAAAGCGAAUUCCUCUUUUCACUGGCGAACAUAUCCUCGCUGCUCCAAUUGUCCGCGAUCACUUCACUAUCUAUUCCGAUGGUACGGUAGCUAUAACAAAGCCUCUGAACUACGAGAAAACAAAGGAACUCUCCGAGAUUUUCGAAAUUGCUGGAAAAUCAAAAACUCGUAUACAAACGCUCUACAUCAAAGUUGAAGAUGUCGAUGAACCUCCAGCAUUUGUUAAUGGCCCACUUCCAUUCCUUGCUGUGGUACCAUUGGAGACACCUGUAGGAUUUCACGUCUACAAAUUUGUCGCUCGUGAUGAAGCUGGAGAUGGUGAUGAAGACGUUGAGUAUCGACUAAUCAACACUGAACCAUCUGGCAUGUUUACUGUCGAUGCAGCCACUGGUGUUGUAAGGACAGCUGUGAGACAGUACAAAGAAGGGCAAACGUAUCGAGUUCUAGUACAAGCCAUCGACAAAACACCGAGGGACAACUCAACCAAGCAGGAAUCUGAGGUGGCGAAGCUUGAGAUUUUGGCUGGAGAUCGUCCACCUCAAUUUCUUCAACAGCAUUAUACCGUUUCUUUGGCUGAAGAUAGCCUCGUGGAUUACAGCGUUGUUGACGUACGAGCCCAUCGGUUCCGUGCCAUAGAUGAUCGUAGAUCAAAAGGAGAACUUACCUACUCCCUCUUCGGUUAUCAUGGUGGACAACGAGAGGAAACUUCUGUUUUUGGCAUCGACCCCAAAAGCGGUGUAAUUCUACUGAGAAGGCUUCUGGACUAUGAUGAUCCAUCGCAGACGAAGCUGCACAAGCUUAUUGUCAUCGCCAGCGAAGAUGGAAAGGAGUCCAGUGUACCUGUCGAUGUGCAGAUUACUGAUGUCAACGAUAACGCUCCAAUAUUUAGCAGACCGUUGUAUACAACUCAAGUCAGGGAGGAUUUCCCCGUUGGGGAGACGAUCUUGCAAGUGCGAACCGAAGACAAAGAUUCUGGUGACAACGCACGUGUUCGCUAUUCAGUAGACAACGACAAUUUCACAAUCAAUGACAAAGGAGAACUCUCUGCAAAGAAUCGUUUGGAUGCGGACCAAUAUAAAGAACGUUUCUUUAUCUAUCGUUUUAACGUUACGGCAACAGACUAUGGGAAUCCUCCGCUGAGUUCCAAUGCCACAGUGCACAUUCGAACUGAGAACACAAACGAUGAAGCUCCCGUUUUCUUUCCGACGCGGCACUACACGGCAUAUAUAGCGGAAGAUGCUCAAGGAGGAACUCCAGUAGUUCAGAUACAGGCUCGCGAUCCGGAUCGAGAUCAAGUCGAGUACGCCUUCAUUGACAAAUCCGGCAAAGAGACCUACGAGACAAAAUUAUUCCAAAUUGACAAAGACACAGGACUAAUCAAAUUGCGAUCCGGAGUUCAUGCCACCGAUCUUCUGAAAACUGACUCUCCCUAUAACCUCACAGUAAUAGCUCGUGACGACGGCUCAUGCUGCUCUGCAGAUUCACCUCAGCACACUGCUUUAGCUACCGUACUUAUAGGCAUCGAAGACGUAAACAAUAAUAGGCCAGAAUUUCGAAAUUGUGCAAGUUAUGGUGAAUUAGCAAAGAUUCAAGAAGGAGUCUACAAGAAGGACCCACCUACGAUAAUCAAGGUGGAAGCCACCGAUGAAGACUCGUCCUCCAACGGCCAAAUCGUUUACUCACUCUACUAUGCACAGAGUGAAUCUAGAAAACCAUUUGUUAUCGACAAACUUACUGGAGUUCUCACACCAUCACCACAUGUCAUCUUUGACCGGGAAACUCGUCCUAGGGAAGACGUUACGGUCAAGGCAACCGAUCGUGGAGAUAGACCUUUGAUAGGCUUCUGUCAGUUUUCCAUAGAAGUCGUGGAUGUGAAUGACAAUGCUCCACAAUUUGAUCGAGCUUCAUAUGAGACAAGCAUUUCAAGGAGUGAAACUAUCGGGACAUCCAUCUUGACGGUAUUCGCCUUUGACAACGAUGCUCCUCAUAAUGCCAAUGUCACAUAUCACUUGGAAGCGGAUCCAACAGCAGGAGAAGAGUUCCAAGAUGAUGCCAAAUUCUUUCAAAUUCUCAACGAGCACUCUGGGGAGAUCACUUUAAUGAAGCCCAUACCCAGAAACCAGCAGAAGGACAAGUUUAUUUUCAACGUGAUUGCUGAUGAUAAUGGCAUACCAGAAGCUCAAAGAAGUUCUGUUCAAGUCACGAUCAAAAUACACGAAAAACAACAAUCUGCACCACGAUGGCAAACUAGUCCUGAUUGUAAAAAAGAGGUGACGGUCGUGGAAAAUACAGAGAUGAACAAGAUUCUUCUGAAAUGCCGUGCAGUGGCUGGAGAUGGUUCCAAGAGUUCUAUCGUUUACAAGCUAAGUAACGGUGCCGUAAGUCGUCCUGGUAAACCUGACGCUAAAUUCCGGCAAUUUAACAAGAUAGAGGAUGGAAGAGAAUGGGUGGAAGUUGUCAUCAUGGAGCCGCUGGACUAUGAGCAAGCACAGAACUAUACGCUGACCCUCACUGCUACGGAUGUAAACUCACAUGUGUCAUCAUCUCGCUCUUUUGUGGUGCUCGUUCAAGAUGUGAACGAUGUUGUCCCACAAUUUACCGUAGAUCUGUUUACCGGGACCGUGGAUGAGGAACUUACCCCUGCCGAGUACUUAGAAAAAGUUGGCAAGCCUAUCACAACGGUAAAGGCAGUAGAUCUGGAUUCAAAUGGUCCACAGAAUGAGGUCCAUUAUCGCAUUCUGGAUGUACCGGAUCCAACUGGAGCACAACUCUUCCGCAUCGAUGAAUUUACUGGAGAGAUUUGGCCAAAUGCGAAAUUCGACAGAGAGCAGAAGGAUAUGUAUAUUCUCACUGUCGAAGCCAGAGAUGACCUUCCAUCGGCGCUUCCUGGAGCUGCCGGACCUAACAAAGAUAAUGUGAAAGUACAAAUUGUGAUCGGUGACGUCAACGACAAUGCACCAUACUUUGACGAGCCUAAAUAUGUGGGAAAAGUGCUAGAAAACGCCGAUCCCGGACACGAUAUCAUUACCGUCAAGGCACAUGAUCUGGAUAAACAUUCCACUCUUCGCUAUGAUGUCGUUGCUGCUCAGGGGGGACGAAUUCCCUUUGGAGCUCGAACUGAUAGCGGCGCUAUUUUUGUUAAGGAACCACUCGACUACGAACAGGAAGCUGUUUAUCAUCUGCGGUUGCUGGUUUCGGAUGGACGCCACAACGCUUCCACGGAUGUCUUCAUUUAUGUUGAAGAUGUAAACGAUAACGCUCCAGUGUUUGAACAGCCCAGCUACUCGACCACAAUUCUUGAAGAGGACCCGGAUAUCCCGAAAGUGCUAUUUCAUGUUAGAGCCACCGACGCGGACAAGGAUGAAAAAAGUCGUCGAAUUGUGUAUCUGCUGGAAGGACAAGGCGCUGGCGAGUUUUUCCGCAUAGGACGUGAUACGGGCGAUAUCGAACUUAUCAAGGCGCUGGACCGAGAUCCACCAAACGGGGUCCCAACUUGGAACUUCAUCGUGCAGGCCGUAGAUGAUGAUGGUAGAGGUCUGAUUGGUUAUGCAGAUGUGCAGGUGAAUCUGAAAGACAUCAAUGACAACGCUCCCAUAUUUCCUGACGAUCUCUAUGGAUACGUCGAGGAAAAUCGUGAACCACAUUCUCCCGAUGGAGUCUAUUUCAUGGAUGUCCAUGCUACUGACUAUGAUGAUCCAACUACGGACAAUGCCAGACUUGAGUACAGUAUCGUGUUCAAUAAGGAGAUUGAUGGAGUGCCGGUUUUCCGAAUCGAUCCAAAUUCCGGGAAAAUAUUCGCUAUGCGUGCCCUGAAUCGUGAGCUCCCCUCCGAACGUGAAUUCAUGAUCGAGGUUCGUGCUACCGACCAUGGAACACCGCCUCGUGAAGGUGCGGCUAAUGUGACAAUCAAAGUUUUGGACAAAAACGACAAUACGCCAUCGUUCGAACGAGCACAUUACGAGGCAGUCGUACCAGAGACGAUGCCUGUUGGAUCGGCUGUCAUCAGUGUAUCCGCCACUGAUCCGGAUGAUGAAGCGAUUGACAAUCUAUUCACCUAUACCUUAGCCGAUGAUUCGAGAUACUUCUAUAUGACCACCGAUAGAGAUUCCAGUGACUCCUAUGUCGGUGUGCUACGCGUCAAGCGCCCACUCGACUACGAGGACCCGUCACAACGCGACGGAUUUCGACUUCAAGUACGAGUUAGUGACGGACUUCACGACGCCACCAGUAACAUUUUCGUACAUCUCGUCGACGAAAACGAUCACGCACCCGACAUCGUCGGUCCUGCGGAAGUCCGAAUCUUCGAAGACGUCCCGCGCUACACUGUCGUCGCCAGAUUCAACGUCUCCGAUCGUGAUGCCAACGACCAUGCAAGCGACUUAUCGCUGCCAUUCGGAUUGGAUACUUCACUGGCAAAAUCGCGAUUUUCCUCCUAUGUUUCACCACAAGAACGCGCUAUUCAAGUAUUUGUGAUGAAAAACAUCAGUGAGGAUACAGCUAUCGGAACAGUGCUUGACACUUUCAAAGCUCAUGAUCCCAGUUUGCCAAGGUUCAAUUACACGUUCCGAAUUAAUCGACAGUCUGAUCCGAAACGGCAGUUUACAAUAGAUCAAGAUGGAACAUUACGUGUUGCUCAAAAAUUGGAUCGAGAAGACAUCAGUAGCUACAAGCUGAUUAUUGAGGCGUUUGACGCCGCCGGCAAUGUUGGAACUCAGUUAGUAGCCGUCUACUUACGCGAUGUUAACGAUAACGGGCCUGAACCUUAUACUGUUCCCAAACCUUGUGUGUUUCCUGAGAAUACACCAGUCGAUCGGCAAGGCACAUGUGAAAUUCGAUGUACUGACAAGGACUCACCUGAAUAUGGACCACCAUUCAAUAUGCAGCUUGAUCGAAACAAGUGGAAAUACGGAGAAUACUUGAGCGUCACAUUUGAUGCCCACGGAGAUGGUGGAAAUGGAUCGAUGACGAUUAGACCAUUAGUAUCUUUCGAUCGGGAGGCACCUACACCAGGCAAAAUUCUCGAAAUUCCACUGAUUUUAACGGAUCGCGCCGAUAAAACCAAUCAUGCAUCCGUUUAUGUCAUUAUUGGAGAUGAGAAUGACAAUCCUAUGCACGACGGAAAGAUGACGAUUACUGUAAAUUCCUACCUUGGUAAACUAAAAAAGACGCAGAUUGGUAGAGUUUACGUAGAAGAUUUGGAUGAUUGGGACCUUGGAGACAAAACAUUUACAUGGAAAGAGUCUCUACCCGGUUUUGAAUUGUCACCACAGGGAGAGAUUACGAUGGAUGCGAACAUGCCACCUGGAACGUACCACAUGUCAUCAAAUGUGCACGACAACCGACGAAAUGAGAAUGCUGUCGGUUAUGUGGUUGUCAAUGUGCUCCUCGUACCUGAAAUAGCCUUCGCCAACCAGGGUUCUGUGCAGCUACUUCUUGCUGACGAUUCGAGUUUGCAAUCCCCAGAAGAUUUCAUCCGGGCAGAUGCCAAUGGUAGAAGUCUGAUGAGCAUUUUCACUCAAGAAAUGGUCAAAUACAUGGGCGGAAAUGUUGUUCUUGAUGUGUUCUCUGUUCAGGCUGAUACCGCCACGUUACAAAAUCGUGUUGUACCUGUGAUCAAUGUCCGUUUCUCAGCACAUGGUUCACCAUACAGAGAUUCCACACAACUCAACGGUUUGAUCUCAGCGAAUCGUUACGAUCUGCAGAAUAAACUGGGAGCAACGAUUGUUGGCGUUGGAAUUGACAUGUGCAAAUUCACAUUCUGUGACUCCGGUUGUCAAACAGUCAACACCGCAGACUUCGAUGGAGUGGUUGUCUCAGCGAAUGACACAGUACUUGUUGGCGUGAAUGCUCAAUCGAAGGAUGAAUGCACUUGUCCGGUAUGGCGUCCACCACCACAAUGCCAAGCUGGUUUAUGCCAUAACGAUGGAGCUUGCCAUAAUACACAUCCGGGCUUCUUCUGUGAGUGCCGCAACGAUCUAUUGAAAGGAUCGAGAUGUCAAGGAACAACGAGGUCGUUCUCUGGGGAUGGAUUUGCCUGGUACAAGCCCAUGCCAGCAUGUACUAGCCUCAACAUCAGUAUGGGCUUCAUGACUUUACAACCUGAUGCUGUGCUAUUCUACAAUGGACCCAUGGAUACGAAGAACAGCGAUUUCCAAAUUGAUUAUCGCGAUUACAUCAUCAUUCAACUGAAGAAUGGCCGCCUUGCUUUGGAGAUGUCUAUGAAUGGUAUAGCACCGGUUAGCCUUGAAGUUGCAUCCACUGCAUUGAACGACGGAACAUGGCACGAAUUAGCGGUAACGCAGAUUGGAAAGUACAUCGAACUCGUCGUUGAUCAAUGCCGUUUCCUUGGAGCUGGUUCGGACGAUUUGUCUUGCCGAAAAUCUGUCUACACACCUGACGAUGAUGAACGAUUGAACAUUGUUGCACCCAUACAAAUCGGAGGCAUCGCUCCCCUUUCUGGAGGUCAAGCCUAUCCAACGGCCAUUCCUCACACGAGUCUGAACGGCUGCAUUCGUAACUUACGAGUGAAUGAUGACCAGUACGACCUUGCAACACCGUCGUACGAAAAGAAUUCCGCAGCUGGUUGCAAACUCUGGGGUGGAGCAUGUGAUAGCAAUGCCAUUGACAGCCUAACUCAUUGUGUGCAUGGAGAUUGUUAUGCUGACGUACAGGGUAGCACACCAAUGGUGCCUAAGUGCAUUUGCGAUCCUGGGUGGGGAGGUCCGCGUUGCGAGAAAAAGAUAGAAUGGAUUCAAAUGCAGUCGGGUGGUUACAUUGGAUAUUCACCGAAAGUUGCCUUCGCCGAACAAACUAAUGACAUUGAAUUGCUGUUCAUUCCCGGUAGGGUCAGUGGAGCUGCAGAGCUUACUUAUGGAGCGGACAAGUCACAGAAUUAUGUCUCUACAUCGGCCGAAAUGACAUCUGAUGGAUUGACUCCAAUGGCUAAAUUUGAUCUGGGAGGUGUGCGUAAUUCUCUAACUCAACUGAGGAUAAAUGAACUUUCACUAAAAGAAAAUUCUUCGUACUGGAUGCACUUCACAAGGAAUCCUACUAGAGCGUCGCUAUCUAUCGACGACGCGUACUACACGUCACAAGUGCUAGAUCCAGCUGGUAGCUCACAGUCAUUUGCUUUGCAAGUCAGUGACUUAUUCCUCGGCACCCAUAGUGGAGGAAGGGGAUUCCAGGGAUGUGUUGGAACAUACCGCUGGUCUGGUCAAAAUCUUCCAUUACGACGGCCGACCAAUCAAGCCAUUGACCCUGAUGAUGAAAGCAUUGUUUCCAUCACAAAGUCCGAGGGAGUGUCUGAUGGAUGCGCAUUAUUAAUAACAUGUGCGCAACUGCCUGUCGGCUACUGUAGUGGUACAAUGGUUUGUAUGGAUUUCUGGAAGGGAGCAUUCUGUACUUGCCCUGAAGGCGCGAAUGUUAUACUUGGUGAUGAUGGACAAAUCAUUGGAUGCGGUGAAACGUUAGCUGUAGCAAAACUGGGGAUCAGUAACAACGCCAUCAUACUAAUCCUCAUCUCAUUAGUACUGCUCAUUAUGCUUGUUAUGCUCAUGCUCGUCUACGCUCGUAGACAAGCGACUCCAUUCGAAUCUGUUCGACCAGAAGAUCUCAAUCGCGACAACCUCCGACCGUAUGCUAUCGAAGGCGGAGGUGAAGCCGAUAACGAUCAGUAUUCUAUUGCGAAUCUCCGAAAACCAGUUAUGCCCAUCGAAGGCAACGGUUUGUCUCUGGGACCUCCGGCACCGGUGUACACUCGGCCACCCAUUGACGACAGGUUGCGAUCACAAUUGCACGAUCUCGAAUCCGAUCAAAAUGCUGCACCAUUUGAUGAGAUCAGGAUCUACGAGGAUGAAAAAGAUACGGUAUCUGUUGUAACUCUUGAAUCACUCGGAUCAAUACCGGAAACGGAACGACAACAGAACGUAGGGUAACUGGGAACCACGUUUCACUUCAUGAGUUCCACAUUUCAACAAUGCUCAUCCCAUUCCUCCGUAUGAUCUGUAGCCAAACAUUAUCUCGGUGAAAAGUAUUCUCCAGACAUAUAUCAAAAGAAGAAUCCCUUAUAGUGUGCGUUCUUUCGUUUCAUCAGUUUUUUCAUUCUUGAGUUUUACCUAGGUUCAGAUGCAGAAUGUUUUGUUUUAUACACAUUACUACAUUACUUGCGGGUCGCUAACAUGUUUUAUAUCAUACUUCCACCACUGCUAUUUAACUUGCUUUCGCUAUUUAUGCUCAUUGUGCAUUUUUAUCGCCCUCGUGUACGUUUUUACGUUUUAUUCAUAGAUGGAGAAUUGAUGUUUCACAUGUUGUUGUAUACUGGAUUAUUAUUAUUGUUGUUUUUUGUAUGUAUCGGUUGUGUAGGACAGGGAUAACGUUCUCGUUUUUCUGUGUUCGGUUAUCCCGUGGUGCCUCCAUUGAUCACCGCCCCAGUAACUCACUUUCAUCCCACACAUAUGAUUUUCCUCAUCGAAUAUUGCCUCAAAAGGCGCUCUCAAGCAUCCCUUUCGUACUCUUUCUCUCGAACCUGCCCCACUCUCCCCUAUGCUGGGUAUUAUUCUCUGUCUUUGUAACAUGUACCGUUUUAUACAUUCUGAUGAGUACCCUGCUACAAAAGUGUGAUAGGAUCACUCCUCUAUGCAACUCACAUCUUCCUCACAGGAUGUCACAAUUCUUUCUAUUUAUUCGUUGUAUAUGUUUUACACAUUUCUGAAAGAAAUAAAAAUCAAAC